GUGCACCUUCAACCCUCAUCUUCAACCAACUUAAGUAAAGAUGCAGUCGCUGAAGGCGAAGACGGUUCAGGCCCAGCGCCCCUUCACUGCGCAGCGCCCUCGCGCUGUUCGCGGUAGCGUCUCCGUUCGCGCCGUUGCCGCUCCGCCACGGCUAAUUACGAAGCGCUCCGAGGAGAUUUUCAAGGAGGCCCAGGAGCUUUUGCCAGGCGGUGUCAACUCGCCUGUGCGUGCAUUCCGUUCCGUGGGUGGCGGCCCCAUUGUCUUCGAUCGCGUUAAGGGCGCCUACUGCUAUGAUGUCGAUGGCAACAAGUACAUCGACUAUGUUGGCAGCUGGGGUCCGGCUAUCGUUGGCCAUGCUAAUGAUGAGGUCAACGAAGCCCUCAAGGCACAAAUCGAGAAGGGUACCAGCUUCGGCGCGCCCUGCGAGCUGGAGAACGUCCUGGCCAAGAUGGUAAUCGACCGCGUGCCGUCCGUGGAGAUGGUCCGCUUCGUGUCCUCUGGCACGGAGGCGUGCCUGUCGGUGCUGCGCCUAAUGCGCGCUUACACUGGCCGCGAGAAGAUCAUUAAAUUCACUGGCUGCUACCAUGGCCACGCCGACUCCUUCUUGGUGAAGGCUGGAUCCGGUGUCAUUACCUUGGGCCUGCCAGACAGCCCUGGUGUGCCCAAGAGCACCGCCGCCGCCACGCUGACAGCCACGUACAACGACCUGGCGUCGGUCCGGGAGCUGUUCGCGGCCAACAAGGGCGAGAUUGCUGGUUUGAUUUUGGAGCCGGUUGUGGGCAACAGCGGCUUCAUUGUGCCGACCAAGGAGUUCCUGCAGGGGUUGAGGGACAUUUGCACGGCGGAGGGAGCUGUGCUGUGCUUCGAUGAGGUCAUGACAGGCUUCCGCAUUGCUAAGGGCUGUGCCCAGGAGUACUUCGGUAUUACGCCCGACUUGACUACUAUGGGCAAGGUCAUCGGCGGUGGCCUGCCUGUCGGCGCGUACGGCGGCAAGAAGGAGAUAAUGAAGAUGGUGGCACCCGCGGGCCCCAUGUACCAGGCCGGUACCCUGUCGGGCAACCCGAUGGCCAUGACUGCGGGCAUCAAGACGCUUGAGAUUCUGGGCCGCCCGGGCGCCUACGAGUACCUGGAGAAGAUCACCGAGCGCCUCAUUGACGGCAUCAUGGCGGCUGCCAAGGAGCACGGCCACGAGAUCACCGGUGGAAACAUCAGUGGCAUGUUCGGCUUCUUCUUCUGCAAGGGGCCGGUGUCCUGCUUUGAGGACGCCCUUGCUGCUGAUACGGCCAAGUUCGCACGCUUCCACCGUGCCAUGCUUGAGGAGGGCGUAUACCUCGCGCCAUCACAGUUUGAGGCCGGCUUCACGAGCUUGGCGCAUACCGAUGCGGACGUGGAUGCCACAAUUGCUGCCGCUCGCCGCGCCUUCGCACGCAUCUAAAGCAGCAACAGCAGUAACACGAAGGCCUUUUCCUUUGGGGAAUGUGGGGAUGCAUGGGAGGAGCGGCCAGCUUGGUGCAGCUUUGCUUAGCUUCGUGCUUGGGAGUCGAGUGCUCUUGCGUAUAUGGAGUGAAGUCCGUUGCGCAGCGAAACUGGGUUGCCGUGCUGUUAAUUGGUACUGAUUGGUGCUUGUGCAUUGAACGCCGCGAGCAUGUGUGGUUGUUAUGCAGGCGCCAAAGCACGCAGGCGCUCUAUGGUAAUGCGUGGCCCGAGGACGUCGUCUGGCCACUACCUACCUAGACCGGACCGACCGUGCAUGACAGGGUUAACCAGCGUGUAGUCUUUGGGGAUGCGUUCUGGCUGUGAUGCGCGAUUGCCGAUUGGCUGCGGCCAGUUGUCGCGUUGGGUUAUGAAGGGUGCAAAGCGAGGGUGCAUGUGGCCCGUGCAAGUGCUGCUGGGUUCAGACACGCUACCGCUUGGGUUUAGGGAUUGUUCCUUAGGUAGGGGCUGCCGAAAGCGCUUCUUCGGGCUGGCCAUCGUUAGGACCGGGUCUUGGGACUACUGCGAUUGAGAGGAUUGGUACGUUGGCCUAUUUCCAACAACUAGGUUAGGCUAUUGUAACAAACGCCUUUUCGGCAGGCAGUAAUCGGGACGGGACGGGAGUGAAGCCAUCUUAACGCUGUGUCAUGCAUAAAAUUAGUUCGUGUGUGUUCGUGUUACAUGAUCGGC